CACACACACACACACACACACACACACACACACACACACAAGCAUACAACGUGAACAAGAAACCCGUCGUGUUCCGACGCCGCUCACCUGAGCUAAGAUGCUCCCCCGGACUCUGUGGUCCAGACUGGGAGCCUUGGGACCAGCAGGGAGGAAACCAGUCUGCAUGUGUGCCUCGGCCCGCCUGUCCCAGUACGACUCCAAACCCAGGACUCCAUCCAGCUGGUGUGCCCCAGGGAUCUUUUGGAGGGCCUCUGAUGAUCUUCAAGCCGCUCGCCAACAGAUUAAAUGUGGAAGUGGACAGCAGAGGUUUUAUUCCCCCGACCUCCCGAAGCCCUCCGUGUUGAAACCCAGUUUAAAACCAGCGACCGGGUCCUUAAAAAGGGUUCCCAAAGGACCGAGGACUAAACAGCCCUCCAGAGCCAACCAGCCUCCCCUGAACCCGGACCAGGACAUGAUGCAAUGCAUUGCCUUUGCUACAGCGGAUCAGUACCAUUUGCCAACACUGUGCCACGCCCUGAUUGGCCACGGCUUCCAGGAGAUUGAUUUGCCAAGAGAUGCCUCGAAUGUGCUGUUGAUAAGCACCGACAUGGCCGCGAAGCCCGAUGACGACGCGGUGAUGUUCUUCUUCAGGGAAGGCUCCGUCAUUUUCUGGAAUGUUGAAGAGAAAAUGAGGAAAACGGUUUUGAGACUACUGGAGCAACAUGAGAUCCAACCCUAUGAAGUUGCUUUGGUCCACUGGGAAAACGAAGAGAUUAACUACACGGUUGGAGAGGGAAACACAAAGCUCGAGCGUGGCAACUUCAUCCUGAGCGAUAAGAUGGACCAACAGGAAGCUGCUCUGGAGAAAUUUGCAUUUUCAAAUGCUCUGUGCUUGUCAGUCAAGCUGGCGAUAUGGGAGGUGUUUCUGGACAGUUUCGUGGAGUCGAUUCAAUCCAUUCCAGAGACGCUGAAAUCUGGCAAAAGAGUUAAAUUGUCCUCUGCAGAGGUCAUGAAGAAGAUCGGGGAACUUUUCACCUUACGACACUGCAUCAACCUGAGGUCGGACCUGCUCAUCACACCGGACUUCUACUGGGACCGAGAGAACCUGGAGAAACUCUACGACAAGACGUGCCAGUUCCUCAGCAUCAAUCGGCGGGUCAACGUUGUGAACGAGAAGCUGGAGCAUUGUUCACAGUUAACGGAUCUGAUGAGGAGCCACCUGAGCGAGAAGCACAGCUUGAGGCUGGAGUGGAUGAUCAUCAUCCUCAUUGCUAUCGAGGUUAUGUUUGAGCUGUUAAAAAUGAUCUUCUGAGCGGCUCCUCCCACAACGCACACAUCGGUAAAGGACACGCAGAGGUACCGGGAUUUCUGCAGGCGUGAAGCGGACCCAAAUAUCAAUUUUUAUCGCGUUACUUUCUCCUGUUCGUUAUCAACAACACAAUCUAUUUUUUAUUUCUUUUUUUGCUGGCCAUCGAGGCAGAACACAAAAUGUGUCAGUGGGACUUUUGAAAGUUUGGGAUUUUUGUGGUCAACAACAGUUAUUCAAUUUUUUUUACAUUCUGUUCAAAAGUCUGAUUCACUUAUGAAAAUAUGCAUGUUUUAGCGACAUUAUUUUUGUGUCUGAAGAUACAUUUAAAAAACAAGAUGUUCUAACUUAUUAAAAGUUAUAAAGUUCAAGAACUCCAACUGUGAAUGCUGUAAAUUAUGAAAGAUGCAAUAAAGUGUUUUAAAUGUU